AUGACAGAAAUUAAAACCAAAGAAAAAACUUCGUACUCACAAGUCUUAAACGUAGACAACUCAAUUCUACUUGAUAUAAAUUUUGAUGAAAUUGAUCCUCCAUUAGAUAAUCCGAAUAAGCGAAAAUUGAAAGAAAUCAUUUCGAAUGAGCAUGAUAACGGAACAAUUUUCAAGACACCUCAGUCUGUUAGGAAACGUAAAAGAAGAAUUUCACAUGCCGAUGAAACUCGAAGAAGCAAAGAAUCUUCUUUAGUGUCAAAAACUAGUAUAAGCAGUGAAAUCUCAUCUCAAGAUAUUCUAAAAUGUAUUGCAAUUGAUAAUCUAGAAUUGACACAAACUAAUGAAAGUCUCAAUGAGCUUGAACAUGAUGAUGAAUACUCCAAUGUCAUCACAAACCCAACAACCAACUCACAAUACAUUGAAAAUAGACUUCAAAGAAACCCUGAAGCAGGUAGUUCACCCAAUGAAUUGAAUUGCAAUCAAAGUAAAGGAAUUAAUGAUGAAAACGAACAUGCAACAAAGAACAAAACUCCAAAGCAAGUUUCAAAAUACAAAAAACUUCUUCCCGUAUCAUCAUUCGCAUUUAGAGAGAUGGGAUCAUUUUUUGGUUUAACAAAACAUCAAAAAGCUUUUAUUUUGCAAACGAAAAACAUUGAAAAACUUUAUGAAUGGCAAGAAGAGUGUUUAGGAUUGCGUGCAAUUCACGACAGAUCAAAUCUCAUCUACGCAUUGCCAACAUCAGGAGGAAAGACUUUGGUGGCGGAAAUUGCUAUGAUUCGUGAAGUUCUACUAAGAAAAAGAAACGUAAUUUUUGUACUUCCAUACGUGUCAAUCGUUCAAGAGAAAAUCAACGAUCUGAUGCCAUUCGCUGUUGAAUUUGACUUCCUUCUCGAGGAAUAUUGUGCGGGAAAAGGAUCAAUUCCACCAAUAAAGCGAAGGAAGAAAAACACAAUCUUCAUUUCAACCAUUGAGAAGAGUCAAAUUUUGUUCGACAGUCUCUACGAGAACAAUCGAUUGAACGAAGUUGGAAUGAUUGUCGUGGAUGAAUUGCAUAUGCUUGGCGAUGAGAAGCGCGGCUAUCAUCUUGAAGUUUUACUCUCGAAAGCUGUUUUUCAUAAGCAACCCCACAUUCAGAUUAUCGCCAUGUCAGCGACAAUUUCAAAUCUUAAAGAAAUUGCUCGAUUUCUUAAUGCUGACGUCUACACAAGAGAAUUCCGUCCAGUCGAACUUAAAGAGUACGUCAAGAUCGGAUCAGACAUCUUUUCAGUUGAUGGGAAAACUCGAUAUAUAUCAGAUGCUUUCAAAGUGUCUAGAAAUGACUUUGGCAAAGAAUACACAAGGCAAAUGCUUAAGAGAGAUCCUGACCAUCUUGCCGCACUUUCUCUUGAAAUCAUUCCGAAAUCUUCAUGUUUGAUCUUCUGCGCCACUAAACAGAAUUGCGAGAAUGUUGCCAAAUUAUUGACUGAGUUGCUGCCACAAGAAUUGAUUGAAUGGAAGAAGGAAGAGAAAUCGACACUCAUGGAACACAUAAAAGCAGACGCCAAUGGUCGCAUUUGUCCAAUUCUUGCAAAAACAAUUCCAUUUGGGAUUGCUUAUCAUCAUUCUGGAAUGACUAACGACGAAAGAAAACAUUUGGAAGAAGCUUAUCGAUGUAACAUAAUUUGCAUCAUUUGUUGUACUUCCACUUUAGCUGCUGGCGUUAAUUUACCAGCACGACGUGUGAUAAUUCGGUCGCCUUAUGUUGGCCAACAUUUCUUAACAUUGUCAAGAUACAAGCAAAUGAUUGGAAGAGCUGGGCGUGCUGGAAAAUGUUCAUCUGGUGAGAGUAUUUUAGUGUGUGAUCCGAAAGAUUAUCAAAAGUUGACAACUUUGUUAUGUUCUAAAAUGGACGAGACGAUCAGUGGAUUUGUUCAAGAUGUAAGUGGAAUGUUUAUUGAAACGGUGAUUCUCAAUCUGAUUGGAACGAAAGUUGCAACUUCCAUUGAUGAUCUUAUUGACUUCUUCAAGUGUUCUUUGUUAAGU